AUUAGCUGCGACCGCUCCAACUGCUCCAACCAUUCCAACCGCUCCAAAUAAUGGUGGAGCUUCAAGUGAGGAGCGUGAAGCUAAUGAGCAUAACUCACUUUCUCGUGUUCCAGCUGAACUUCUAGAACAGAUUCUGUGCCGGUUGAACUUGAAGGAAAACGUCCGUGCUUCUGCAGUUUGCAAGCAAUGGCUUGCAGCUUCCAUUUCUGUUCGAGUUGCAAAUAAACCACCUUGGCUUAUGUUUUUCCCGAAAUUCGGUGACAUGGUUGAAUUCUAUGACCCUUCAGUGAGGCAAACUUAUUCAGUUGAGUUACCAGAGUUACGUGGCUCAAGGCUUUGUUAUGCCAAGGAUGGCUGGUUGCUGUUGUACAAACCGAGAACUUUAUCUGUGUUCUUCUUCAAUCCGUAUACGAGGGACGUGAUCAAUUUGCCAGCUCUAGAAUUAACAUACCAGAUAGUAGCUUUUUCUGAAGCUCCUACAUCUCCCGACUGUCUUGUUUUCACAGUUAAGCAUGUCAGCCCGACUUUGGUUGCAAUUAGCACAUGUAACCCGGGGGCAACUGAAUGGACAACCGCCAAUUACCAAAACCGUUUGCCAUUUGUUAGCAGCAUUUGGAACAAGUUAGUUUUCUGCAACGGUCUCUUUUAUUGUCUGAGUCUUACUGGCUGGUUGGGAGUUUAUGAUCCAGAAGAACAGACUUGGCUUGUUCGCGUGGUUCCACCUCCCAGAUGCCCCGAGAACUUUUUCGUCAAAAAUUGGUGGAAAGGAAAGUUCAUGGCAGAGCACAAUGGAGAUAUCUAUGUGAUAUACACUUGCUCUACUGCAAAUCCGGUGAUAUAUAAGUUGGACCAAAUUAAUAAAAUUUGGGUGGAGAUGCAAACUUUAGGUGGUUUGACCCUUUUUGCGAGUUUCCUUUCGUCCCAAGCGAGGACAGACAUUCUUGGGGUGAUGAGAAACAGCAUUUAUUUUUCUAAGGUUCGUUUUUAUGGAAGGCGUUGCAUAUCCUAUUCUGUGGAUCAUGACAGAUACUACCCGCGAAAGCAGUGUUAUGAUUGGGGAGAACAAGAUCCGUUUGAGAGCAUUUGGAUUGAUGCACCGCCGGAUCUUUCAGCCUUUAACUGAAAAAGAUUUGUGAUAAAGGGCCUCAAAUACAAGGUCCCUCUUCAGAUGGCUUCAUCGAUCAGUUCCAAAGCUGCAGAUGAAGUCGUGUAGUUAUCUUGCUAUCUUGCUGGAGAAGAAGUGAAACCGAUGAUUCAGGUGUACCGCUUAAUGUUGUCACAGCUAGGCGUGAUAAAGAACGGGGUUCUAAUCAUGCUGUUUUUCAAUUUUUAGUACUUUAUAAGUUGUCAACUAAGGAGUUUCCUUUGUGUAGAUACCAUUUUAGGUAAUGUUGUAGUUGAGCUUGUAGAAUGUUAUUCAAGCUGAGACUAAUAAGAGCUUUAGGUACUUCUA